AUGACCUACGCCUUCGACUCGUACAGCGACAUCUUCGACGAAUCCGUCCAGAUGAUCAAUUUCCUCCGCAAUACCGUCGGGGGUGCCUUGUCCUUCUCCAUCCGACCCUGGAUCAAUGCCAGUGGUCCCAAAAACGCCUGCAUAGGCAUCGCCAUGAUGUUGUUUGCCGUCUACAUGACCUUCUUAUCCUCUGCGGUUUGGGGCAAGAAGUGGAGGAAUGCCACUGCGGGAUACUAUCUCAAGGUCACUCGUAAGAACGACAAGUGGGCCUGA